CGUGAUAAAUAUGAACCUGCAGCUGUUUCAGAGCAUGGUGACAAAAAGAAGACCAAGAAAGAGAGGGAUAUGGAUGAGCUGAAGAAAGAAGUUUCUAUGGAUGACCAUAAACUUAGCCUUGAUGAGCUUCAUCGCAAAUAUGGAACGGACUUGAGCCGAGGCUUAACAACUGCCCGAGCUGCUGAGAUCCUGGCCCGAGAUGGUCCCAACGCCCUCACUCCCCCUCCCACAACCCCCGAAUGGGUCAAGUUCUGUCGGCAGCUGUUCGGGGGGUUCUCAAUGUUACUGUGGAUUGGAGCAAUUCUUUGUUUCUUGGCCUAUGGCAUCCAAGCUGCUACAGAAGAGGAACCUCAAAAUGAUAAUCUGUAUCUUGGUGUGGUGCUGUCCGCCGUCGUCAUCAUAACUGGGUGUUUCUCCUACUAUCAAGAAGCUAAAAGCUCAAAGAUCAUGGAGUCCUUCAAAAACAUGGUUCCUCAGCAAGCCCUCGUGAUUCGAAAUGGUGAAAAAAUGAGCAUAAAUGCAGAAGAAGUGGUCGUUGGGGAUCUGGUGGAAGUGAAGGGAGGGGAUCGAAUCCCUGCUGAUCUCAGAAUCAUCUCUGCGAACGGCUGCAAGGUGGAUAACUCCUCACUCACUGGAGAAUCAGAACCGCAGACCAGGUCUCCGGAUUUCACCAAUGAAAACCCCCUGGAGACACGGAACAUUGCCUUUUUUUCAACCAACUGCGUUGAAGGUACUGCACGUGGCAUUGUCGUGUACACGGGGGAUCGCACCGUGAUGGGCAGAAUCGCCACGCUCGCUUCUGGGCUGGAAGGGGGCCAGACUCCCAUCGCUGCGGAAAUUGAACAUUUUAUCCACAUCAUCACGGGUGUGGCCGUGUUCCUGGGCGUGUCGUUCUUCGUCCUUUCUCUGAUCCUUGAGUACACCUGGCUUGAGGCUGUCAUCUUCCUCAUCGGCAUCAUUGUAGCCAACGUGCCAGAAGGUUUGCUGGCCACCGUCACGGUGUGCCUGACCCUGACCGCCAAGCGCAUGGCCAGGAAGAACUGCUUAGUGAAGAACCUGGAGGCUGUGGAGACCUUGGGGUCCACGUCCACCAUCUGCUCAGACAAAACCGGAACUCUGACCCAGAACCGGAUGACGGUGGCCCACAUGUGGUUCGACAAUCAGAUCCACGAGGCCGACACGACGGAGAAUCAGAGUGGUGUCUCAUUCGACAAGACCUCGGCCACCUGGCUCGCUCUGUCCAGAAUUGCAGGGCUUUGUAACAGGGCCGUGUUUCAGGCUAACCAGGAGAACCUGCCUAUCCUGAAGCGGGCCGUUGCAGGCGAUGCGUCCGAGUCCGCCCUCCUGAAGUGCAUUGAGCUGUGCUGCGGUUCUGUGAAGGAGAUGAGAGAGAGAUACACCAAGAUCGUUGAGAUACCCUUCAACUCCACCAACAAGUACCAGUUGUCCAUCCACAAGAACCCCAACACGGCUGAGCCCCGGCACCUGCUGGUGAUGAAAGGUGCACCGGAAAGGAUCCUGGACCGCUGCAGCUCCAUCCUCAUCCACGGCAAGGAGCAGCCCCUGGACGAGGAGCUGAAGGACGCCUUUCAGAACGCCUACCUGGAGCUGGGCGGUCUUGGAGAGCGAGUGCUGGGUUUCUGCCACCUGUUCCUGCCAGAUGAACAGUUUCCCGAAGGCUUCCAGUUUGACACUGAUGAUGUGAAUUUCCCUGUUGAUAAUCUCUGCUUCGUGGGGCUCAUUUCCAUGAUCGACCCACCACGGGCUGCCGUCCCUGAUGCCGUGGGCAAAUGUCGAAGUGCUGGAAUUAAGGUCAUCAUGGUCACCGGAGACCAUCCAAUCACAGCCAAAGCCAUUGCCAAAGGUGUGGGCAUCAUCUCGGAAGGAAACGAGACAGUAGAAGACAUCGCUGCCCGCCUCAACAUUCCAGUGAGCCAGGUGAACCCCAGGGAUGCCAAGGCCUGCGUGGUACAUGGAAGUGAUCUGAAGGACAUGACUUCCGAGCAGCUGGAUGACAUUCUGAAGUACCACACGGAGAUCGUGUUUGCCAGGACCUCUCCGCAGCAGAAGCUCAUCAUUGUGGAAGGCUGCCAGAGACAGGGCGCCAUUGUGGCUGUAACUGGCGACGGUGUCAAUGACUCUCCGGCUUUGAAGAAGGCUGACAUCGGGGUUGCCAUGGGGAUUGCUGGCUCAGACGUGUCUAAGCAAGCUGCCGACAUGAUUCUCCUGGAUGACAACUUUGCCUCAAUUGUGACUGGGGUAGAGGAAGGUCGUCUGAUUUUUGAUAACUUGAAGAAAUCCAUUGCCUACACCCUCACCAGUAACAUUCCAGAGAUCACCCCCUUCCUGAUAUUUAUUAUUGCCAACAUUCCACUACCCCUGGGGACCGUCACCAUCCUCUGCAUCGACUUGGGAACAGACAUGGUUCCUGCCAUCUCCCUGGCUUACGAGCAGGCUGAGAGCGACAUCAUGAAGAGACAGCCCAGAAACCCCCAGACGGACAAACUCGUGAACGAGCGGUUGAUCAGCAUGGCCUACGGACAGAUCGGUAUGAUCCAGGCCCUGGGGGGCUUCUUCACUUACUUUGUGAUUAUGGCUGAGAACGGCUUCCUCCCGACUCACCUGCUGGGCAUCCGAGUAGACUGGGAUGACCGCUGGAUCAACGACGUGGAAGAUAGCUACGGGCAGCAGUGGACCUACGAACAGAGGAAGAUCGUGGAGUUCACUUGCCACACAGCCUUCUUUGUCAGCAUCGUGGUGGUGCAGUGGGCCGACUUGGUCAUCUGCAAGACCAGGAGGAAUUCUGUCUUCCAGCAGGGGAUGAAGUGA